AUGUCUGAGAAAACCAAAUCCGCUUUUUACGACUACGCCGAGCCAUCUACCUCGAGUCCAACGCCACCGAGGUUCGGGAAAGCUAUCCAAAAUGUUCCAAGUACCGGAAACCAUUUUGCUACAAUUACUCGGAGCGCCUUGGAUCGUAUUAACAUGAUAAACUUUUCCGAGACAGAGGUCGCUGCGAUCCAUGAAGUAGUUAAUCAGAAUUGGCGGAAAGGUAUAAUGGCUGUCUAUCUUCGCGAGCAAUCGAGGGAGUUUAAGCUGAAAGGGUACCCAUGGGGUUAUGAUCCAAACGGUUGUGAAGAAUCACUUUUACUAGUCCUACGCAUGAUUGAAGCGUUAUACAAUAUGGGCUGGGUGAUUUAUUCUGCUAUCGAGAUAAGUAAAAGAGUCAGAACAAAAGACGCACUUGUGUUCCGCAGACAAUACCACAUUCUACCUCCCUGUGAAUGGGUCAAUAUUUCCUUUCAUGGUGGCGACAAGCUCAAGAUACUCAACUCACCAUCAAGUGAUCUUGUCAACGAUGUCAUUGCCGCUUUCGUAAAGGAUAUCCAAAGACAUGAAGUAACAGCGGAACGAGCCAAGAUCAAGUUUAAAGGAUUCCCUUGGCGAAGCGUUGGCCACGACGACGAAGACGAGACACAGAUGAAACUUUUGACGUUACUUGAAGUUGUCGAGAGGAAUGGUUUCACACUUUAUGCGAGGACGACCGCAAGAUAUAGUGAUGAGACGAGCGAAUCGAAUGUUUUGAUCUUUCAGAGGCGGCUUGAUUGA